AUGGAACACUACCUCAAAGGAAGGGAAAUGAGAACAGUAGUAAAGGAUGAACAAUCUGAAUGGAGAGAAGUGAAAAGUGGAGUACCACAGGGAUCAGUUUUGGCACCAAUAAUGUUUUUAAUAUAUGUAAAUGACAUGACAGAAGGAGUAAGCAGUUACAUAAGUCUAUUUGCAGUUGAUGCAAAAUUACUAAGAAAGAUAGGAAAUCACAAGAAUUGUGAGGGGCUGAUUGAUUGA